AGCCUUCUUAUCCUGCCUCUCACACAGCGAGCUGGCCCUUUAAGAGACAGCCACCCGACUCUCUCUCUUUUUGUGUUGCUGUGUAACGCGCCAGUGUCAUUUUCACUAUGGCGAAGGCGUAAACAAAACGGAACGGCUGGGUUCUUUAUUUUUACCGUUACUCGCUCCGUGUGGCUCCGCUGAGGCGAGUUCGGUCCGGUGGUUUUCUCGGGCGAAUGUGAGCUUUUAGAGUCAGGACUGUUUUCGUCAGGCGACAUGACCGAGUCUGGUGACGGUGCUCAGAGGCUCCUCGUUAGGCUGAGGCGGGGAGGGAAUCUGGGCUUGAGGUCGAGUCUCCGCUAAACUGCAGCUUUUUUCCCCUCAAACCGACCCUCUGUCCAGAGAGAUAUGGGGUCCAGUGAGCUCUGGAACUCGUUUAACUGACCCACUUUCACCUCCGUCCGUUUUCGCCUGGCUUUGUAGCUGAAUUUGAACACUUUUUUUUUGGUCAAGAUGCUGACGGGCUCGAAGACGACCUUUAAAGUGAGGCAGAUGCCAGACAUAAAGGAGAGGAUAAUGAACCAGAGUGGUCUUCACGCCCGGGGGAGAGACAUGUUUGGCCUGUGCUGUUUACCAGGGGAGUGUGUUCUACAGAGAGCUGUCCUGGUGAGGAAGAAGCUGUCUCCUAAAGAAGGGGGAGGCUGGCUGUCCGGCACUUUGUUCUGUACCCAUUUCAGAGUAGCCUUCGUGCCACAGGACAGUCCAAGAGCAGAUGACAACGCUGAUCCUGUUCUUCUUGGAGACCAUGAUGUGGCACUGGCUUCCAUUGAGAAGGUCGUGGCCGUGGGACCAUCCAGGACCAAACUGGUGACCCCCAACUCCUCUCUGAAGUUCACCCCGGAGGAGCUGGUCCUGUACUGCAGAGACCUGCGAGUACUUUGUUUCCUGUUCGACCGGCUCACUCCUGACACUCAGGCUGUGGAGAUAACGUACACCAUUGCCAAGACAUACCAGCCACUGAAACCUGGAACCAUCCUGUCCUUCCAGAACGCUGCUUUGGGUAGUAUUGAAAUGAAGCAGUUCCUGAGCAACCGGCGACGGGACCCUGGCAUGAACUGGUUCGAGAGUCCAGCAGACUGGGAGCAGGAGCUAGAGAGGACCGGGGCUGUUGGCUGGAGGGUCAGCUCCGUCAACGACCGCUUUGAAAUGUCCACCAGCCUCUCUAGGUUUAAUGUGGUUCCUCAGAAGGUUCUAGACACGGAGCUGAAGAAGACGUUCGCCCAUUUCAACGAGGGUCGCAUCCCUCGCUGGUGUUGGCGGCACCCCCGCGGCAGCGACCUGCUACGGAUGGCCAGCUUCCAGAACAACAUCUACCAUGAGAAGGACGACAUCCGGAAUCUGGAGCUGAUUCUUUUCGGAGGGCAGCCGCAGUGUGUGGUGGUGGAUCUCGGGGAGGAGAUGCCUUCGCCUGCAGACGUGCAGUUAGCACACACACGGCUACGCGCCCUGUGCCUUGGGGACAUUUCGUCAUCCGUGUCGGUGCCAGAUGACAAGUGGCUUUCCACUCUUGAAGGCACCCACUGGCUGGACUACAUCAGAUGCUGCCUGAGAAAAGCUGCAGAAGUGGCCUGCUUGCUCAGACGAGGUCACCUCACUGUUGUGCUGCAAGAGUCAGAGGACCGGGACAUGAACUGUGUGGUGUCCAGCCUGGUGCAGGUGAUGUGUGACCCACACUGCCGGACAGUGGCAGGCUUUCAGGGCCUGGUGCAGAAGGAGUGGGUCAUGGCAGGACACCGUUUCCUUAGCCGCAUCAACUACCACCGAGACAGCGACAAAGAAGAGGCCCCCAUCUUCCUGCUCUUUCUGGACUGCGUGUGGCAGCUGUGGGCUCAGUUUCCUGCCCGCUUCCAGCUGACUGAGGACUACCUGCUGGCCCUCCACGACAGCCUGCACCUGCCUCUCUUCAGUACCUUCCUGGCCAACUGCCAGAGAGAGCGGUGUCGACGCUCGCAGCACCUGCCCCAGAGCUACACCCCUGUAAACGGUCUGAGGGAAUUACCCAGAGGCUCGGCCGAGGAGCCGGUGGACCCUCCCUACCCUCCUGUGUGGGACUGGCCUUUGCAGUACAGCAGCCAGAGACGAGCCCUCUUCAGCCAGCCUGUCUGCCAGCCCUGCUCCCCUGAACCUGUUCUCAAUGGAAACCUCAACACCAACACCAACAUGGAGCCCAACUGGCUCAGUGACGGUGUUCCAGGCUCUGUAUUCCUCCUCUCUCGGAGCUCCUUCUCCUGCCCAUCUAACUUGCUGCCUUGGAGAAGUGGAAGCGGUUCAGGCUCAUAUAGAAAGAGCCACCGUAGAGCUCCGUCCUCGGAAAGCCUGCCUGCUCUGGAGCGCCUCAUUAAAGCCUGUGGCCAGCCAGACACCCCACAAGACUUCCACGACCCUCACCAACCCCUCAUCCCCCUACUUCUGGGGCCCUGCAUCCGCAUCUGGAGGAACUGCUACCUGAGAGGAGCACUGCAUGCGCAGGCUUUCACGCAUCCAAUGUCUUCCAACUCGCGGCACCCCGUGGAGCGUCUGGCCUCAGAGGUGGAGCACCUGCGAGAGCGUUUGGCCCAGGCCUCUACAGGGCGCCCUUCAAACCGAAAGAGACACGAGCACCGCCGCCUCGACUCGAACCUCAACCAGAACGCCAACAAUGGCACCUUCCUCUUCUCCUCCUCUUCCUCUUCCUCCUCCUCAUCUUCUUCCUCCUCUUCCUCUUCUUCCUCCUCUUCAUCCAGGACGUCCCAACAGGAGAGCCCCUGCCGUAUUUCGGGGCGUCCACCCACAGCCCCCCGGUACAGAGAUGGUGGCGGCAAGCACACAUUUCUGUUCGGCCACCAGGGGGAGCCGCAGGGCAGCCAGCGCUAUGCCCCCAGCCCCAGUGCCAAACUGCCCAAGAACAGCGGCCCAGCUGGGGCCAAGACACACUGAGGUGUAGGUAGGGAAGAAGAACAUAAACAAUGCACUUGUGACUCAGUUAGUGGAUAAAUCUGCCGGACCAACGUGGACCAACCGUUAGCAAUAUUCUACGCAGUUGUCCUAGACCAGGCUGUCCAGUUUUAUUCGCAAAGGGUCAGUGUGGCUUCUCAAACAAGCGAGAGCUCCUGAAACACUUGUUUUGGAGUGAAAACAUGCAGCCACAGCGUCCCUUUUGUGGAUAACAUUGGACCUGUGUCCUAGACUACAACACUUUCAUACCCGCCAGCCAUUUCGGUGGUUUGUCAAUAAUAUUUCUUAAAAGAAUCUGCCAGAUCUGUAGCACAGCGUCGAUUACUGUGGACAGUAGUUUUCCUAUUAUUGGGGCUCACAUAUAGUAUUAGCUGUAUUGUCAGGAGCUCACACGUUCAACCCUGGGUGAUGCCGUAGACGUCUGAGUCCAAGGGUGUUUUCACACAUACUUGUUUGGUGAGAACUAAUAGAACUUGAGUUUCAUUCCAAAAUGCUAUAAUAUGGAUUUGUAACAGUUUUGGAUGUAACAAGUUUAUGAAUAGAAGUGCAUUUGAUUUUGGCAUAUGGAUUCUGGAACAUAUUUUUGGCCAAACAUCAGCGACCUCAGUGAUUUGUAUUUAAUUUGACAAACAAAUCAAUUAUAAAGAAGCAGACAAUUAUAAAGAAGCCAGUUUUUUGGCUUUGAUUGUGACGCAUAUCGACGUAAACUGUCUCUAAUUGUAAUGGGUAGGAUAAUAUAUUUAUAUCAGGAAUAUAUGUGAGGAACAGAUUUUGUGUUUUAAUGCAAUGAUAGGCCAAUGAAAGUUAAACACGGUCCGUUUGUGGUACUGAUGGAACACCCACAUUUGUGAUUUGGUGCUGUUAUAAUGUGAAACCAACCUUUGCGUACGGUCAAAUCUGAUCGUUACAUGGCCGCACGGAAAUUUCACCAACAGUUUUGUUGUGGUUGUGUUUAGUUUUUGUUUGGCCAUAUGUUUAUCAAAAACUUGAUAACUUGAUUUAUAAAAUGGCUUGUUUUGUGGUUAACUAACCAAAACUAUUGUCCGUAUCAUCUAUAAUACCAAUAAUUUGAAUAAAAAUAGGGAAUAACAAUAAAACUAAAUUAGUAUGCAUGGCGAUCCAGUUCAAAAGAGCAUUACACUGUGCUUUUGUUUUAUACUGCUGACACCACCCCAAAAAUACAAAACACAGCUAAAAUACAAAACCGUGCAGAAGCAUCUCAUACACUGCAAUAAUACACUGUUUAAAUGUUAUUAUUAAUAAAAUAAUCAUGCUAUUCAAUUACAAUAUUUUAUUGUCUUAAAAACCUCAUGUUUUGUUUAUUUCGCAUAUUCUUUACAGCCGUCAUAAUCUUAACAUUAAAAAGUUUGAUCAAUGGGGGAGCAGCACACUCACUGCUUGACCUCAGACUCCUACGAGCUCAGCCAUUGGCACAUGAGCCACUGAAUGCUGUCGUUUUAUAGGCUCCUUACUGGAACUGGGAGUUUCAUGCGUAUGAUACGUAAAUGAGGUGCUGGUUGGCUGGCACUUGAUUUCAUGCGCUGCGCUCAAAUCUCUGCUUGUUUCCAUGUCAUACAAAACUUUUGCUAAUCAGACAGAUUGUGCAUCAUUAAAGGUGGUCAAUUCAAGUAGGUGUGAAAACAGCCCAAGACAGCAUAAUUGGUCUCCAUGAUAAUGGACCAUACGCUACACGUUUGGCAGAAACAUUAGGCUGGUGUGCACCUUAAAGCACCAAUGAUCGCGAUGAAAACCAAGAUAAUACGCAGAUAAUGCACAGCAUUCUUCCAUCGGAGUUUCUUCCAAAACAUUUCUUGGAAGUUACUUACUUUGUAUAUAGUAGUUAUGUAUUGUAGGUAAUUGUAGACAUAUA